UGAAAAGUUAAAUUCCCACUAACGGCCCACUCACUCCAAUGAACCCGAAACAAAUCAAAAGAAUGAACAAUAAUUAAUUUUGAAAUUUUUGUUAUAAAAUUAUUGUUUUUUUUUCUGGAUUUCUCUCAAAUGUUCGGGUAGCGAUGGCGUCGAGAUCGUCAGGUACGAAGCUGUCUUUUGAGAUUUUAAGCAAAAGCAGCUCUUUAGCCGAAGAAGAAGAAGAUCGACCUUUAUUUUACCGAUCGAAGUCAGAUCCAAUCCAAUCCCAAAACGUCGUCUCUCGACCGUCCCGUCGGAAGAAGAGAAAACACAAGAAGAAGAAGGAGCCUAGGACAGAGUUCCCGAUAAUUCCGGAAGAUUCGGUAUCGGAGCAGCAGGGCAGCAGCAGCGGAGUCGUGGUGGAGUCGAAUUCCGAGAAUUACGGGAUCAGAGAUAACGGAAAUGUUAACAAGAUCAGUUAUGUUGGUGGCGGGAGCGUCGUGGUGGUGGAGGAGAGUGUGUGCCAGAAUGUGUGUGGUUUUGGGGAAUUGAGGCAGAGGAAUGUCAAUGGAGUUGCCGGUGGCGGAGGAGAGGAGAUGGCAACGGUGGCGACGAGGGCGGACGAGAGUGGUGUGGAGGUGAGUAGUUCGAAGGAGCCGUUGCCCCCGGCGCCGCCUCAGCCUGUGGCAAAUGGGAAUGUGCCGAAUAAGUUGGAGACAGCUGAGUCGUUGGAUUGGAAGCGGCUCAUGGCCGAGGAUCCUAAUUAUCCUUUUACAAUGGAGAAAUCACCAGUGAAAUACUUUUUGGAAGAAAUGUAUAAUGGAAAUUCAUUGCGGAGCACCACGACAUUUGGUAGUGAGCAAGAACGAGAGAGAGUGUAUGACACCAUCUUCCGCUUGCCCUGGAGAUGUGAAGUGCACAAAAACGUUGUUUCAGCUUAUAGAUGUUGGCUUCUUCAUCUGCUUCGAUUCUUUUUUGUCCUUGUUAACUAUCAUGCCAACAAGGAUUCUGAUUGUGCUCUGGAGGCUCCUGACUACAAGUUCAAGAGGCCUUCUGCUGCCGAGCUGUGUGAUUUUGGCUGCUUUGCUGUUCUGGCCUGUGGAGUUAUUCUCCUGGAGCAAACAGAUAUCAGCCUGAUAUAUCACAUGAUUCGUGGUCAAGGAACAAUCAAACUCUACGUGGUUUACAAUGUGUUGGAGAUAUUUGAUAAAUUAUGCCAAAGCUUUGGUGGAGAUGUGUUAGAAACCCUAUUUUAUUCUGCAGAAGGACUUGCAAAUUGCUCUCCGGAAAAAAUGAGAUUCUGGAUUCGUAGAUUUGUUUCGGACCAAGCAUUGGCUAUGGCUUUUUCAAUUCUUCAUUCUUUUAUUUUAUUAGCUCAGGCAAUUACUUUAUCAACUUGCAUCGUCGCUCAUAAUAAUGCAUUAUUUGCUUUGUUGGUAUCCAAUAACUUUGCUGAGAUAAAAAGUAAUGUCUUCAAACGUUUUAGCAAGGAUAACAUCCACAGUCUGGUAUACUCAGAUUCAGUAGAGAGAUUCCACAUUUCAGCAUUUCUCUUAUUCGUUUUAGCUCAAAAUAUUUUAGAAGCAGAGGGUCCUUGGUUCGAAAGUUUUCUUUAUAAUGCGCUAGUGGUUUUUGUUUGUGAAAUGUUAAUUGAUAUCAUAAAACAUUCGUUCCUUGCCAAAUUCAAUGGCAUAAAGCCCAUUGCAUACUCUGAAUUUCUUGAAGAUCUCUGCAAGCAGACUUUGAAUAUACAAACUCAAGAUGGCAAGAAAAAUCUCACUUUUGUUCCACUUGCACCAGCUUGUGUGGUCAUCCGAGUGCUGACUCCAGUGUAUGCUGCUCACCUUCCAUACAGCCCCCUGCCAUGGAGAUUCUUUUGGACCCUUCUCUUGAUCUCCAUGACCUACGUCAUGCUCACAAGCCUAAAAGUGAUGAUUGGCAUGGGCCUACAAAAACACGCAAGUUGGUAUGUCAAUAGGUGUCGUAAAAGAAAACACCAUCUUCACUUCGAUUGAUUUAAAACGGUGAAGGUGGAUACCGUCAGAAAGUUCUGCUGCUUCCUUGUGAUUCUUAUUAUCCAUUUUGACCUGGUGGGGAAAGUAUCAAUGAGAAAUGUAGGAAAACCGCUCAGAUUUGUUCGCGAGAGACAGGUAGCAGUAGUCAACAUGAAAUAUGGAAAAUUGAAUCCCAAAGAGUAUACAUGUAAAUGGGUCUUCCCUCCAAUUUUGUCGAGAAUCGAUCACUUGCUGGCUUCAGAGACUGUUCGUACAACAAAGGUUUCGGUAUUGCUAUUUCUCCCUAAUCUUCUGGUGCAUCUCUUGCGAUUACAUUUUUUUUUCCAGGGGAGAAGGGGGGUUUACAUUCAUAUCUAAUAUAAGAGUAUUGUUCAAAAACAACUCCGGAGUGUAAAAUAGAAAUAAAACGAUUUUAUCUUCUCUUUUA